AUGUCAAGGAAAGUGCCAACUAAGCUAUCAUGGAACUUCAAGAAGGCUGGCUGGCCUAGAUUCACAAACCUUUUAGAGGAAGAACUUCAUUCAAGUCCCCUCAACUUCAACCAUCAUCCUGACAAACUUUGCACUGCUAUCACGAAUAUUAUGCUUAGAUGUACAAAGAAAACUAUUCCCCGAGGCAAAACUAAACACUAUCGAGUGUUUUGGUCUAAACACCUUGAGGAACUGAAAAGAAAGAGGGACGCCCUUCGCAACACUGCUGGACAGACUGGAAGAACGGAAGAAGUACAAGCCUGGAGACGACAAUCAGCUGUCUUCAGGCUAGCCAUCUUGCAAGCUAAACGCACUUCUUUCAACAAGUUCAUCUCAAAUAUCAACUACCAAAAAACCUGCAAAACAACAGAGAAAGACCCAAGAAAGAACCAAUACGCUUAA